CCGCUUCCGUGUCAUGAGGGUCUUGUAGCAUGUAACCAUUGUAGCUGUUAGCAAAGUGUUCGUUGUUGAGUGGCGACUAAGAUCAUUAGUGCUACGUUCCUCCACUCCUCUCCGGUUGUGAAUCCCAUCCCCACAAGGCGAUACAUUAACCCGGUGUCCCAUACUUGUCUCGGUGGUAUCCUAAUAUUUUUGUUUCUUUGAUUUUUUAUACUGAUAUUUGCCGACAGGAAGCAGCAGCGGAUGUUAGCUGCCGUCAAAUGUUGCGAAGAAGAAAGUGGGAAAGUUAGCAAGACAUUUAAACAAGUGAGCUAACAUUUCUAUCCGAGCAUGUCGUGUUUUUUCCCCCUCAGUUUGCCCUCAAUUCGGCUCACAUUUCCGUCAGAUAUCAGCGAACGAACACCAAGACCCGCUGCACUUUGAUGAUUCUCUUGCUAGCUUAGCUCAUUAGCCACAAACAAAGAGACGCGGAAGUUAGCAACGUGUUAGCAAAGUGUCGCGAUCGUGUGAAAAUGUGUCAAGUCCAAAUGCUGAGAGCGCUGGUGAACCAGCGACUAGCUGCGGCUGUGGAAGAAAUAUUUGUAGUGUUGGAAAGAACGAUAGCAGAGUACGAGGAGGAACUUUGUCGAACAAAAGAGGAGAACGAGCGACAACGUCAACUACUGGACGCUGUUUCCAAGAGGUACCAACUGGAGUCACACGCAGGAGAUGUCGGGGAGUGGAGCUCCAGGGCAGAGCAGGAGGCGCCUCGGCCCCCCCACAUGAAAGAGGAAGAGGAGGAGCAGGUGUGUACUAUGGGGGACUUUCCAGUGACCUGUGUGAUUGUGAAGAGUGAAGACGAGGAGGGUGAAGCUCACCGGUCACAGCUCCAUCACCGUCACAGCGAGGAGACGAGAAGAUCAGAAGCAGACAGCCUCUUGGCUCCUAUUUCGGACAGCGACGACACCACGUCACGCUCCCCUGACAGCGGUGACGAAGAUUUGACACGUGACGCGGACAGCGCACACUUGAAAUGCUCUCAGUGCGACAAAACCUUUGGUGACAGGAGAAGUUUGAAGGCACACCUGAAGGUCCACACGGGAGAGAACAGGUUCAGCUGCUCGGUGUGCUGCAGCAGCUUCCAGCUGAAGAAACAUUUGAUCAGACACAUGAGGAUCCACCCUGGAGAGAAACCUUUCAUCUGCCCUGUUUGUGCCGCCCGAUUCUACCACAUGAGCAGUUUGAUACGACACAGACGGACGCACACUGGAGAAAAACCAUACACCUGCACCGUCUGCGCAAAAAGAUUCUAUCAGAAGGAGCACCUGAUCACGCACAUGAGAACGCACACCGGCGAAAAAAGCUUUCCGUGCUCCGUCUGCAGCAUGAGCUUUAGCGAUCGCUCGGCGUUGAUUCAACACCGAAGGACGCACAGCGGAGAGAAACCCUUUGCCUGUUGCGUCUGCGGCGCCAAGUUCACCCGAAGAGGACAUUUGAUCAUACACAUGAGGACGCACACCGGAGAGAAACCCUUUGCCUGCUCAGUCUGCGGUAAAGGACUGACACGCAAAGCGCAUUUAAUAACGCACAUGAGGACGCACACGGGAGAAAAGCCGUUUUCCUGCUCGGUCUGCGACACAAGCUUCAGUUUCCGCUCGGCGUUGGCUCAGCACAUGAGGACGCACACCGGAGAGAAACCUUUUCCGUGCUCGGUCUGCGGCGAACGAUUCUCCCAGAAGGGGCAUUUGAACAUUCACACCAGGACGCACACGGGUGAGAAACCUUUUCUGUGCUCGGUCUGCGGCGAACGCUUCUCCCAGAAGGGGCAUCUGAACAUUCACACCAGGACGCACACCGGAGAGCAACCGUUCGGCUGCAACGCCUGCGGGAAAAAAUUCACGCACAAGCAUCAAUUUCACAAACACAAGUGUGCCGGGGAGAGCAGUGCUAAAUGAAAUAAGAACACCCCCAAGAGCACGCAUGUCUCUUCCACUGGAGUCCGGAACGCGACAGAUUGGCGUAUUCAUCGAAGACAUCCUGUAUAUAUCAUCGGAUACCAGGUCAACACGGGCUAGCAUCGCUUAGAUGGCGUCCUCUCGCCUUGCCCAUCAACAACGGUCUUCACCAAUGUCAAUAAAGACUGGCUUUUGUCUCAUCAAUGCAACAUUACUGACACCUAAUGACCAGUCUAGAAUACUACACACCACAAUGUCUGUUUUAGCCCUGCCUAUGCUAGGAAUGCCUAUUUCCGGUCAACACAAUAACAACACAAACCAGAUUUCCGUGAAAAUAUACUGAGGUGAACCAGAAACUAUCGAUGUCACCACGCUUGUGUUGAUGCUCUGCUGUUACUGGCCCGGUAUCGGUUAUAAUCGGUGAAACACCAAUCUGAAUGGACUGCAGGAUAUCGAGUUGCUGUAGCAACACGGGAGCCGCCAUCUUGCACCGACGUCACACCGUCAACGAAGCACAGAAUGUUACAUUAUGCUUUACUCGUAGAUUUUUUAAGUAUUACCGACUUGGGAUGAAUGACGUGUUUCUGUUCGGGUGGAUUGUUCUUUUUUUCCAAAAUUGGAUGAAUGGGGAAUGUGCGCUCUGGUGUACAUUAGCGUUUUACUCUGUUAGCGUUGGGCUCAUUUGGUUUGCUAACAGAGCUAGCGGGUUCUAAAAGAAGAAGCAAGCCAGCAGAAUGUGACGAUAUGAAUGACGAUGUUUUGUCAAGUUGUUUGUUGACUUAAUGUAUAUCUGUUUUUUAUAGCACAUACAUAAUUAUAGAGUCGUAUGUAAAUA